CCUUUGUUAUCUUAUAAUUAAAUUUAAUUACUUCCAUUUCCAGUUCUUCAAAGUUUGCCUAUAAAUUCAUACCUUCACUUCCUAUCAAUCUCCAUACCCAACUCACAAACACCAUUGCAAAACAUGUUUCAAUUCAAUGAAAUUCCUUCUUUUUCAUCUGUGGUCUCAACCUAUGCCUCUGUUGCAGCCUCAGCGCUAUUGUUUCGAUCAAUAGCGAAAGAUCUGCUACCAAACGAAGUUCGAGAAUUUGCCAUUUCUAAACUCCGCCAUAUAUUCCAACUUCGUUCAAAUGAAAUCACUGUAGUUAUAGAAGAAAUGGAUGGUAUCAAAUGGAACGAAAUUUUCGAAGCCUCCGAGGUUUACUUGGCCACGAAGCUCAGUUCCAACACCCAAAGGAUCAAAGUUAUGAAAGCCGUAAACGAGAAGCACGUAUCAGUCCACCUCGAGAAGAACGAAACGAUCGUCGAUCAUUAUGAAGGGGCUGAGCUUAGAUGGAAAUAUGUUGUUACAACUCCAGACAAGAUCAGUCACCCAAUGGGACGUCCUCCUAGAUUUGACUGCAGAUCUUUUGAGCUCACCUUCCAGAAGAGACACAAGGACCUGGUGAUGGGAUCUUACUUGCCAUAUGUUCUCAGGAAAGCGGAGGACAUAGCUGAUCAUCACAGGGUUUUAAAGAUGUCCACCCUUAACAACUCGCAACCAAAUCAAUGUCUCAGCUGGGAAUCCGUUAACCUUGAACACCCGUCUACUUUUGAGACUUUGGCCAUGGAUCCAAAGCUCAAAAACAAAAUUAUAGAGGAUCUGAACAGGUUUAUUAGAAGGAAGGAUUUCUACAAGAGAGUAGGGAGGGCAUGGAAACGCGGCUACUUGUUAUAUGGUCCUCCAGGAACUGGAAAAUCAAGCUUAGUUGCAGCAAUGGCGAACUAUCUCAAGUUCGAUGUCUAUGAUCUCCAGCUAGCAAAUGUAACAAGUGACAAUGAUCUCAGACAGUUGUUGCUGGCUACCGGGAAUAAGUCCAUUCUUGUUAUUGAAGAUAUUGAUUGCAGCGUGGACCUGCCUGAGAGGAGAUAUCAUGAAGAUGAUGAUGAACAGCUUGAUGAAAAGCGGCCCGAGGGAAGAAAGAGAGGGAGAGCCGCCGGCCGGGAAGAGAAUUUUGAUGCGGUGUCUAGACCACAGCGAAAUUCCUGGGUGACACUCUCAGGAUUGCUAAACUUCGUUGAUGGUUUGUGGUCUAGUUGCGGCGAUCAGAGAAUCAUUAUAUUCACUACCAACAACAAGGAGAGGCUUGACCGUGCUUUGCUGCGUCCAGGACGCAUGGAUAAGCAUAUUCAUAUGUCUUACUGUACCUUUGCUGGAUUUAAGAUCUUAGCCUCUAAUUACUUGGGCAUUUCUGAUGAACACCAUCUCUACCCAGAGAUUAAAUACUUCAUUAAGAGGGUAAAGAUAACUCCUGCACAAGUUGCAGAAGAGUUGAUGAAGGAUGAAGAUCCCGACGUGGCACUUGAAGGAUUUCUGAAAACCCUCUUCAAAAAGCAAAGUAAGGAGGUCGUCUAUGAAAGUGACGAAGAAGCUGAAGAGGAUGAAGAAGAGGAAGAAGUUUCAACGUCCAAUGAAUCAAAAAGACAGAAAACCGAUGCGGUGAGGAGAGCAGUAGGAGGCAACGGAAAGGCAAGAACAAAGUAGUCAGCUCUUAAAGACAAGCCAUGACUAAUUGGCUCUAAUCAAACUACAUGUUGAGCUAAUUAAACCAGUUAGUAUUUAGUAUGGUAGUGUUUUUAAGUUAAAUAAAAGUCCAUGUAGUUUUCUGCUCGUUGACUAAGUGUGCUAGUCUGUUUAUUUCAUUGAAAUUCUGGUGUGAAUUUAGGGGUGCAUACGAGCCAAGUACUGGCUGGCUCGAGCUCGGCUCGGAUGCAUUAGUAAGAGGCUUGAGCUCGACGAGCUCUGGCACACGAGCUCGAGCUCGGCUCAGCUUGGCUCGAUUAUAUAGUAAACGACCCGAGCCGAGCCGAAAUCGAGCUAAAUAAUUAAAAAAAACAUGUUGCACAGUAUCAAUAUUCAAUUGAAUUCUGCCCUUCUGCUCAA